CAGCUUGUCACAUGGUACAAGGCUGUUGUGAAUAGCUUUGUACCAUGUGACCUCUGUGAUCAUUCACAGAUUUCACACGUAGUAAGCAAUGAUGUCACAAGUGACAUCUUGCUUACUACUUUGCAUGUGAUCACUGAUUGGCCAAUCAGUGAUCACAUGAAUAGUAGUAAGCAAGAUGUCACUUCCUGACAUCAUUGCUUACUACGUGUGAAAUCUGUGAAUGAUCACAGAGAUCACAUGGUACAAGGGUAUUCGUAAUAGCCUUAUACCAUGUGACAUGCUGUGACCAAUCACAGCUCUCAUAGUAUUUCUCAAUGGCUGCAAGAAUGCAACCAGAGAGAUGGAGAAAUUAUUGCUUUUACAGCCUUUAUGGUGUAAAAGCAAUCAGUGUAAAAACA